AGCGCGAGUCAGUCCGGUUGCCUACCUCGGGCGCUGUUGACAGCCACCCCUGUGCGCGACGGACUUCUAUUUCCCCCGAUGCCAGCCGCCUUUUCCUUUCUUCCACUCUAGUGGACAAGAAACAAGAAACACCUUUCACAUCAAGGUGAAACUCGAACGAACUCGGUGUCAGUUGAUCUAGCAAGGGAGGAGAAUUAUUAAGUGCGAAUCCGCGAGAGUACCAUAUCGUCGUGGCUUGAUCAACGCGUCGUACGUGUUCGUGUACCCUUUAGUGCCCGUUUGUUCGCUAUGCGAUACAGCUGUUGGCUCGGCGAACAGUCUGCCAACAGCAACAGAAUUAACAGCAGCAUCUCGACGAACGUUAGCCGAAGAUCAAAGAAGAUGAGGACGACGCGGACGACGAACCGUGUGAGAUCAUGGCGGUGAAGGGGCACGGGGCUAUAAGGAGCAGCCGAAGCAGAGGCAAACGGCGAAAGCCAGUGCUACUGGCAUGAGCGACGAGGAUAAUAGUCUCGACGAGGCUCGCGGUCGCGGCGAUGAUUAUAGACGUGACGCGGCUAUCACCUUCCUCUUCGUCUCGCCGAUAGCAUCGGGCACGUCCGAACUUCUUGAUUCUAAUCGUGAUAUUUGUGAGCUGCGACUAACGAUGUGCGUGUCAAAUUAACGGUGAACCGUGAACAACAGACCAAAAGGCUAGCGCAAAGGAAUCAUCCUCGUGAUCGUGAUCGCGGUCGUAAGGAAGAAAUAAGUUGAAUCAGCAAUCAGAGGGGAAGAGCAAAGCGUUAUCCACGAAGCUGAAGGAACAUGCCGGUGUCAGGGCGCAUAAUGUGGCUCGCGUGACACACGCCGUUUCUCCGAGUACAUACACACCCUUGCCCGUUGGCUGUUCCACUCUCUCUAAGUCUACAACUCGCUCUCGCUUCCAUUCUACCCGGGGUAUAAUCCUUAACGACGAGGACACGCGUACCAGGGAGGCACGAUAGUAUGACGGUGAUGCUGCUGGAACGUUCAGUCACCCCGCAGUCGACGUACAGCCAAAAGACAGCGAACAAGGACUGCAGCGCGAAGCCACCCUUCUUAUUCCUGCUGGACGACCGUCAGGAGCAUCGAAACUCCACGGACACCACUAUCACCAUUACUACAACUAACCACAAUAACAACAUCAAUAACAACAACAACAACAACAACAAUAACAGUAACAAUAACAACAACAAUAACAACAAUAACAACGUUCUCAAAGGGGAUAAUCGAAGAGACAGUAAUCGCUCGUACGUGGCUGACGAGGGGGCGGCGUCGGUGACGUCGCAAAGACGCGCCGACUGUGGCCAGGACGUCGCGAUGCGAUAUUACCGGCUCUGGAUUUACACCUGUAACUUGGUGCUGCUCGGUAGCGCGCUCGGCUUCGCCGCCGCGGUCUCGCGAACUCUUUUGUUCACCAGUGAUCCGCGUCGUUACCUGGUGCCCGGGGUACCGAGGGCAUUCGAUCCGACAGCGCUUUACGCUUAUCUCGCCCUAGCCACGCAAUUGGGCCUGGUACAGUUACUGGGUUGCAUAGCUGCCAGAAGAUUAAGUGCCAGGCUGUUAAACGCUUACUGGGUCCUGCUAUUGGCGCUUCUCUUUGGCGACGCUGUCAUUGGAGUCGCCUGGGUCUUCCGGUUCGAGAGGAUGCGCGCCGAGUUGAAACCCACCCUCCGACAACGACUCCAGAUGGAGUACGGGAAGGACUUGCGAUUCAGCGAACAAUGGGAUCGUUUACAAAAGGAGUUCUCCUGUUGCGGAGUGAUCGGACCCAGAGAUUUUGGGACUCGUUGGCCGCAGACUUGUUGCGGUCCGAGCGCGAAUGUCAGCGAUACAUGCCAGCAACCGUACGCAAGAGGCUGCGAAGAUUCUUUAAUCAGAUGGCUAAGGAAAACGGCGGACUUGUUGUUCGUCUUGGGUUUUUGCGUAAUAGCAUUCGCCAAACUGUGUUUCUUAGGGAUACUACGCUACGAGAUACGCGAAAUGAUACAAAAGAUACGGAUGCUUCGCGAACCACCACCUCCGGCUACCACGUUGGCACAGCCACCCUUCUCGCAGGUGAUGCCGGAAGCCACGAACAAUGGAAACAUCGUUCGGCGCACCACCCUGCCAAAUGCUGUCACUCCUUCCGGAAACGCAUCGUUACUGAUCCAAACGGACGAAUGCAACACCGGGAGGCAUCCCCUAUUGGCGAACAAUCUACAGGACGGUGGUGCGGACAGCGACACGAACAGCCAUUGCGCGUUGAUUCUCGAGGAAACGACCCCUACCUCGGCGAACCACAACUGUGGUACACGCGAGAAAAGCAACUGUAACAAUAACUACGAGAUGCGCGAAUUCAACAGAAGAUUGUGGCUGUCGAACGGCGGCAGUCCAGGCACGGGUAUAACAGCUGGUGGUCAAAGCAGGCGUACCUGACUAUGGAAGUGGUGGCGAAACACGUCGAACCGUUUCCUUUACAGGAGCAAUCGGUCCACCGAGAUCACCGUCUAUAAGAUAGGUGCGCAGUCCGGAGCUAAGGUUUCGAAAGAUUCUACUGACCUCACGAACGCAGCAGCCCACAAUAAGCGAAUAACGUUCAAAGUUCUACGUGUCGCCAGGAAAGUGUAUCGUUGAGAUAUUUCAUAUUCAGUUGAGAUUUCUGUAGUAUUUUGAAUUAAAAAAUUCUUGAAAUGUGGGAUUACUUUGAGAAACUUAAUCCUUUGCCACUUACCCAUCGCGUUACCAUAUCAUUUCAAACAUCUAUUAUUCUAAUUUAACCUUCUAAUAAUUCCAUGCUCUAUAUUAUUUUUCCUAUAGAUUUCCAAACUUUGCUAAUGAUACUUGACCUUAACGAUACACUCUUCUCGCGUCAUCGUAUUCUGCAAAUGCAGUUUUGCACAACCGUACGACCACCGGAUGUGCUGAUGGACAGAGAGUAAAUUUACUUUUGCGUGACGACACACGAAGGCCAGCGAAGCGAGAAUCGACACGAGGUGAAUUAUGUACAAGGAACCACGAACAAGAAAACGAAAAAAAAAAAAAAAAAAAAAAAAUAGAAGUGGAUGCGAAGCUGAAGAAGAUUCGAACGCCUUCGAUUCACUUUCUACGCGUAUUCCUUACAUGUCUUUCCGUCCUCGCACGGUCGGUGAAAUCAAUUACUUUUGUAGAUUUAUUUCUAGCAGUAAGUUUUCCUAAACCAUCCUCUUUCACCUACAACCAUUCUCUUUUUGAGCCCGGAUAAAUAAACAGCGAAAAGAACCCGCCGCGUAUUGAUUUUUAUGCGAAUCACGCUAGUAGUAUGUUACAAUGUGAAGGUUUAACGACAAAAAACAGCGGCGUUCCAAUUUUCUGUUCGCAACGACAAUACACAGUUGGAUUGUUUCAAAGUAAAAGCUUUUCAUUCUAAGAAUUUCAGUGGUUUGAUAGUGACUCCGCCAUUUUGGGAUGGACACGCGUUGGGCAUAGUGUGUUAUACCCAAGGAAAUAUACAGACUGUCAAAAAUAAAUUCUACGUGAGAUAAGAAAUCGAAAUGUUUUCUUCCAUUUUGCUAUCCGAGGCUUCGUUCCCGAGAUACAAGCGAUUGGAAAUUCAAUGGUCGACUUCCGGGGUGCUUUAUGGUUCGAACCGCGCACCUCGAAACUCGGAUGUUUCAUUUUCAAUCGCUUAUAUCUCGUGAACGAAGCAUCAGAUCCUAGAAUGGUAAAGGACUUUUCGAUUUCAUUUUUUUUUUUUUUUUUUUAUGUCGGCUUGUGUAUCAAAAGUGAAACGUUUAUCGUCACGCGAACAAAUUAUUUUAUUCUUCGGUUUUUGCUGUUUUUAUCCUGUCAGAAAUAUCAACACGUAUCGAUACGAUAAUUACGGGAGAAUAUUGUGGGAUACUACUGCCAAACUGAUUCUCCCAACGGAGCUCGACUUAAUAAAAAAAAAAAAA